GCUUGCAAUUAGCUGCUUGGAACGGUAAUCCUUUGAUGGAGGUUUUUCCAUUUGAAUUCACCAGUCUCCAUCAUCUUCAUUUCUUUCAUUUCCUGCUCCUCACAUUACGCAUAUAUAAAGAUCAUAGUAUUCAACACAAUCAGCACAGGAUUCUUCAAAUGUAUAUGAUUCAUACACUUCUUUAAAUAUUAUUAUUUUUGUUUAAUAGAAAAAAUAUGGCCACAUUGGCUUCCUUUUCGUUAAAAAAUUCAGCUGUCAUUCUAAUAUUGCUAUAUGGUUUGACCUUUUCAUUCUCAGUAGUGAGUGCACGACCCACCACUUUUCUACAGGACUUUAAAGUCACUUGGUCUGACUCUCACGUCAAACAACUCGAUGGCGGCAGGGCAAUUCAGCUUGUUCUCGACCAAAACUCAGGAUGUGGGUUUGCUUCCAAAAGCAAAUAUCUAUUUGGACGUGUUAGCAUGAAGAUCAAACUUGUUCCUGGUGACUCCGCUGGAACCGUCACGGCCUUUUACAUGAACUCGGACACAGAUAACGUAAGGGACGAGCUAGACUUCGAAUUCUUAGGGAACCGUUCGGGUCAGCCGUACACUGUCCAGACGAAUGUUUUUGUCCAUGGAAAAGGUGACAAGGAACAAAGGAUCAACCUUUGGUUCGACCCAUCCGCUGAUUUUCACACCUAUACCAUUCUUUGGAACCACCAUCACACCGUAUUCUACAUAGACGAAGUUCCCAUUAGAGUGUUCAAGAACAACGAAGCAAGAGGAAUACCAUUCCCCAAAUCCCAACCAAUGGGUGUAUUCUCAACAUUGUGGGAGGCCGAUGACUGGGCAACAAGAGGUGGUUUAGAGAAAAUAAAUUGGAGCAACUCCCCAUUUUACGCAUACUACAAAGAUUUCGACAUAGAGGGAUGUGUAGUGCCAGGACCAGCAAAUUGUGCCUCAAACCCACGUAAUUUGUGGGAAGGAGCUGCUUACCAACAACUCAGCGCUGUGGAAGCAAGGCGAUACCGUUGGGUUCGAAUGAACCACAUGAUCUAUGAUUAUUGCACUGACAAAUCCCGUAAUUCCGUUACUCCACCCGAAUGUAUGGACGGAAUUUGAAACCUCGAUCAAAUAUUCAUUAUGCAUACAUAUAAAAAUUUGCAUAUAGUCGAGUCAGUAAUUUUCGGAUAUUGGCCCUGUGUAUUUAUGCAUAUGCCCCUAUAAAUGCAUAAAUACAUAUGCGGCAGAUGAUGGGUAGAAGGGGGAGUUAGGGAAAGAAGAAAUUUGUGGUAUAUAUUUAAUUUGUGUUGAUAUUAUCGUGGGACGCUUACAUAUGAAAUCUCCGUGUUGUCGUGAUUUGCGGACAUGAAAUAUAGUAGAGGUGUAAGAGUAAGGGGUGGGAAAAAGUUAAAUGUCAUUUUAUUGCUUUAAUUGAUGUUGUCUGUAUUUGCUGUAAAUUGUACUAAAGCCAAUAAUGUUUCCUCUGGUUUGAUUGA